AUGGCAGCAGGAAAUCAUUGUACAGUGGAUGAGUUUAUCCUAACUGGGCUUUCAAAGAAUCCAGGUCUCCAGCUGCCUCUCUUCCUCCUCUUCCUAGGAAUCUAUGUGGUCACUGUGGUGGGGAAUCUGGGCAUGAUCACCCUAAUUGGGCUCAGUUCCUACUUGCACACACCAAUGUACUAUUUCCUAAGCAGUCUGUCCUUCAUUGAUCUCUGUCAUUCCACAGUUAUUACCCCAAAAAUGUUGGUGAACUUUGUGAAAGCGAAGAACAUCAUCUCCUAUCCCGGAUGCAUGACUCAGCUCUACUUCUUCCUCAUUUUUGCAAUUGCAGAGUGUCACAUGUUGGCUGCAAUGGCAUAUGACCGCUAUGUUGCCAUCUGUAACCCCUUGCUUUACAAUGUAACCAUGUCCCAUCAGACUUACAGUUCCCUGAUUUCAGGGGUGUAUAUUAUUGGUGUGGUUUGUGCAUCAGCUCACACAGGCUUUAUGAUCAGAGUUGAGUUCUGUAACUUAGAUGUGAUCAACCACUAUUUCUGUGAUCUUCUUCCCCUCCUGAAGCUUGCUCACUCUAGCACUUACGUUAACGAGUUGUUGAUUCUAUGUUUUGGUACUUUUAACAUUGUUGUCCCAACUUUAACUAUUCUUACUUCUUACAUCUUCAUCAUUGCCAGUAUCCUUCGCAUUAGUUCUACUGAGGGCAGGUGUAAAGCCUUCAGCACCUGCAGCUCCCACAUCUCUGCUGUUACUGUCUUCUUUGGUUCUGCUGCAUUCAUGUACUUGCAGCCAUCCUCAAUCAACUCCAUGGAACAAGGAAAAGUGUCAUCUGUGUUUUAUACCAUUGUUGUGCCUAUGCUGAACCCCUUGAUCUACAGCCUAAGGAAUAAGGAUGUCAGUGUUGCCCUGAAGAAAAUACUAGACAGAAAAUCAUUCACGUAA